AUGCGCGGAAAAAUAGUACAGGUUGAGGUGGAUAUCUGUGGAAAUUUCCCCAUUGUAGAAAUUGUUGGACUCCCUUCCAGUGAAGUAAAAGAAUCGAGAGAUAGAAUAAAAAUAGCUAUUAAAAAUAGUGGUUUUAUAUGGCCUCUGAAACGUAUUCUUAUCAAUUUAGCACCUGCUGAUAUAAAAAAACAGGGAGCCGGGUUUGACUUACCCAUAGCUCUUGCUAUUCUUAGCGUAACCGAGCAAAUUAGUGCAUUCUCCCAGCCAAUUUUAGCAGUGGGCGAAUUGCAGCUCAAUGGAAACGUACGACCAGUUCUUGGCGCUCUUGCGAUGGCACUUAGUGCCAUAGAGCAGGGGAUAGAGCAUUUUGUUGUUCAUAAAGACAAUGCCCGCGAAUGCUCUAUUACGCAACGUGCCCAUUUCUUUGAAAUUACACAACUAAUAGAUAUGCAAAAGCAGUACACCUGGCAGCAGAGUAAAGACAGGGACGCCAAUGGGAUCACUCAAGCAGAGGGCUUCUUUAGUUCCCCAUCUCUUGCAGACCUGUCUCAUUGCAAUGCACUGAAAAGAACAAUACAGAUAGCAGCAGCGGGCAAGCAUAAUGUACUGUUUAGCGGACCUCCUGGUACUGGGAAAACAGCGGGAGCUAUACGAAUUCCCUCACUGCUCCCAGAUCUUAGUUUUGAUGAUUCGCUAGAGCUAAGUGCCUUAUAUUCUCAAAACGGUUUUUCCCUUGGUGCACGAGGCCUACUUACGAGGCGACCAGUACGCAUUCCACACCAUACAGCAACAGUAGAGGGCAUGGUGGGAAGCGGCGCAUCUCACAGUCUAGGUGAAAUCACACUUGCACACUGUGGUAUCUUACUGCUAGAUGAAGCUCCUGAAUUUAAGAUGAAGGUGCUCCAGGCGUUGAGAGAACCCCUCGAUCAGCAGUAUGUUACCAUAAGCAGGGCGGGGCAUAAGUGGGAUUAUCCCGCAGAUUUUCAAUUAAUACUUACUACUAACCUCUGCCCUUGUGGAAAUCUGGGAAAAUCCCAGCACUCUAAAGAAUGGUGUCUUUGUUCCGAAACGUGA